AUGGCGCAGUGGAAGAGGCUCUUGGGUCUGGAUCGGGACCAGAAGAACGCUGUGACCCGCCUGUAUCAUGAGCGGUUCCCUCUUGACAUUCGCCGCUGUCUGUGCGACUGGAUAGAAGAUCAGGACUGGGAGCAUGCGUCUGUGAAUGAAGCCGCCGCAAAGCUGUCUUUUCAAAAUCUGUUGUUGAAACUGGACGAGCUCAUUCAGGACUCUCUCUGCAGCAGCGACAGCACGCUAACGGGGCCAAACUUCUCUCUGAGCAAACAUUACGUCGUGACGCACUUCCAGGAUUCUCCUCUGAACCUGGCUUUGACACUGGCUCAAUGUUUACAAGCAGAAAAGUGCCUCCUGGACCAGUGUGAAGUCCAACAGUCGCCCAGCCCCGGGACGACAGAGGAAAGUCACACAGACCUGGACAACAAAGUGAGCGAAAUGGAAAACAAGAACCAGAAAAUUGAAGAGGAAAUCCAAGCGCUGGACAAGAUGGAAUCGAUUUACAAGACAUGGGAAAAUGACGUUCAACAGAAGAGCGGCCCUGCGAAGACUCAUAUGGAAGAGAAGUGUUUAAACCAAGCUAACAGCAUCCGAACAAAGAAACAGGAGGUGAUUUCGCUGAUUUGCAAUGUUGUGAAUUCUGGGCCUCAGAUCAUUCAGACGUUGGUUUCUGAGCUUCUCCCCGAGUGGAAACGCAAGCAGCAAAUGUCCUGCAUCGGAAAACCAGACGUCUGCACCAGUCUGGACCAUCUGGAGAAAUGGUUCAGUCGUGUGGCAGGGACUCUUAUGCAGACCAUUCAACAGCUGAAGAAGCUGGAGGAGCAGAGCAGACCCCAGACCAGCCCUGGGUCCGGCCUCUCUGACUUAAUCGCCAAGAUCACCAAGUUCACCAAGACCCUGAUCAACAACCUCAUGCAAAAUGCUCUGGUCGUGGAGAAGCAGCCGGUGAUGUACAGCCAGCCACACAGACCUCUGGUGAUCAGGACCACUGUCAAUUUCAAUGUGCAACUUCGAUUCUUAGUAAACCUCCCCACUCUGGAGUAUGCAUUUUGCAGAGCUGAGUUUGACAAGGGAGUGAAGGAAAUCGACGACAUUCCUGGGUUUCGUCAGUUCCGUUUUAAAACCAACGACAUCAGCAACGUGAUGAAGGUCAAAGCAGACGAAGGACUGGUGGCAGAGUGGGACAUGAAAAUCCAGGAAAUCACAGCCAAACGGAAACGGUCCAAUCAGAGCCCCCUCAGGGUGACGGAGGAACUGCACCUGCUUCAGUUCAGCGCAGAUCUGAAGUUUGGGGUUCUGGAAUAUCGAGUGGAGACCUUCUCUCUGCCCUUCGUGGUCGUGUCCACCACCAUCCAGAACUCUAGCGCCUGGGCCUCCGUCCUCUGGUCCAGCCUCUGCCACCCUCAGUGCUCAUCUCUGUCUGUGUUCCUGGACCCUCCUCCUCUCCCCUGGCAGCUCCUGUCCCAGGCCCUGAGCUGGCAGUUCCUCGCUGCUGGAGAGCGAGGACUCAGCGAGGACCAACUGAAUGAACUCAAACUCAAAAUAGUGGAUCGCCCAGAGGAGCAUGUGUCCUGGGCUACAUUUUCCCAUAAAGAUAAUGGCCCUUGGAUUUGGAUCGAUGGAAUUCUUGAUUUAAUUGAGACGCGGAUUAAGAUGCUUUGGAGAGAUGGGUGCAUCAUGGGUUUUGUAAAUAAAGAGAAAGCUGCGAACCUUUUACAAAACAAACAGAGCGGAAACUUCCUGCUGCGCUUCAGCGAGAGCAACAGAGAGGGCGCCAUCACCUUCAGCUGGGUGGAACACACGGCAAAAGAGAGCGUAGUCCGCGCCAUCUCCCCGUUCACCAAAGACGAGCUGCUCAAGUUGUCUCUGGCCGACGCCAUAAAGACGUACAGGAACAAGAAGACGCCCAACAACCCGCUGCUCUACCUGUACCCCGACAUCCCCAAGGACCAGGCCUUCGCACGCUACUACUCCAACACCACCACUGUGAGCUCCUACGUGAUAAAGAAUUUUGUCUGUGAAGGAGAUUGUCCCGAUCCUCCAGCGUCGCCUCCAGCGUCGCCUCCAGCGUCGCCUCCAGCGUCGCCUCCAGCGUCGCCUCUCGCUCACACAGACAUGGAUUUACUGUUACAACUCAUUAGCCCUUCUCAGCUGCUGCUCCCAGAAGAAAGUUUACCACCAAACGAAAUUUACAUCAUGGGCGAAUUCUCCUUCUGUAAACUCAAUAUGAAGCCGUACACAAGUGUCUUUGAUAACGGCACUCGUCCAUUUCUGUAG